AUGAUGCAGUCACUCCUCCGUCACAUGUACAUGACUAACAGCAAACAUGGCCCUAUACAUGCACACCCAAACCUUUUCAUCUUGCCAUCUCCCCAACCACCCCUGGAAUCACCCAGUCAAACGUUAGACGUCCACGUACAACAAACCAUCCAGACCCAGGCAAACAAACCCAUCCCGCUCACACCCCACCCCCACUCCUCUCCACCCUCACAUUCGCCCCCUUCCAGCGCGGCGCCAUCGCCUCGUCCACCCACGGACACUCCGUCACGUCCACAUGCGACCGCACAUACUCGACCAGCGUUUGCGCACCGGGAGCAUCUUGCAUGA